CGUGUCCUGUCUGCCCUGAACCAGCAGAGGGCAGUGGGCAGGUUUUGUGAUGCAUCAUUGAAUGUGGGAGACGGGGUAGUGUUCCUUGCUCAUCGCAACAUCCUCGCCUGCUUCACUGAACUCCUCCAGCAGUCAAACGUGCCUUCUGCAACAGAGUUCUGCCUGCAGGGAUGCCCCAGUGAUGGCUUGGAGCUGCUCCUAAACUUUGUCUACACCGGAGAGCUGAAGUUGGAUCCUCACAACCUGGACAGAGUCCAGCAGGCAGCAGCCAGCCUGUGCGUACCGGAGGCACUCACACGCUGUCAGCAGUUCAAGGAGACCUCUAAGGAGCCUGUGCCUGUCAAGCGUAAAAGAGGUAGACCUAGAAAGUCUGCCUCAGACAUCACGAAAUACGAGCCCACCAUUGAUACUGCUGCAGCCAGUUUUACCGCUGCUGCCACUACUACAGCAACCACCACACGCUCUGGCCGGGUAGUGAAGGGCUCCAGGCGACUUGUGACUAUCGAUGAGAGCCCUACAACUGAAAAUGAGUUGGCCCCGCCUCUUCCUGUGGAGAAAGAAGUUGGUGAUGCAGUUGUUGAGGAAAACCAAAACUCAGAUCAGCUAGCUGGUGAAACUGAGGCAACGGAGCUGCAGAUUAACGACAAUGUUAUUAAUCAGGUGAGUGGGGGAGUGGAAGCAGAAGACGAUAAUGAUGACGUGAGUAUUCCGGAGGAGAUUCCCGAAGACACAGAUGAGGAGUAUGUGCCUGCUACUAAGCCCGCUUCCUCAACCACAUCCUCGUCUACGGCGACUGGACAGAAAUGCAAGAGUCAAACAAACAAAAACAAGAAUGGUCAGGCGAUGGAGGACGAUUCUAAGAAGGCCUCCGUGCAGUGUCCCAUCUGCUUCAAAGCCUUCAAGAGCAAAUACUACCUCAAGGUUCACAACAGGAGGCACACAGGGGAGAAGCCCUUCGGUUGUCUGAAAUGUGGAAAACGGUACUACAGGAAGGAGAACCUUUUGAUACACGAGAUGAGAAACUGUGCUAGUGCGCUGGCACAUCUGCGGCGUCACAUUCAAAUUCACAAGCGCACUGAGAACUACAACCCGCGGCAGAGGAAGUUGAGGAAUGUGAUUGUGCAAGAUGUGGAUGGAAGUCCGGUCGAGACCGAAGCUCCCAAAUCGGAGGAGGCCUCGCUGAUCGGUGAUGGGUCCACUCAGGAGCAGGGAUAUGAGAAUAGCCAUUGGCUCUUUAAGAGCCCCCUACUUAGUCAUGCUGACCUUCGCACGUUCUUCAGUAAUCACCUCAUCAUUCACUGA